CAGUGAUAUUCUGCAGAGCUCAAACACUUUACGGACUGUGCUGCUGGACUGACUUCCUGUCAGUUAGCCUUUGUGUCUGUCUGACCUGCUCACCUGUCUGUCUGACCUGCUCACCUGUCUGUCUGACCUGCUCAAGCUGGAAGUCUGACACGUUGUUUUCCUCCAGGAUUUGAUAGCAGCAGCAGUGUGAGGACGUCGGAGCUCGUCUGGAGUUUGAUUUCCUGUUUCAAGGUUUUAAAGUUUGACAUCAGAGUUCACGGUCGGACGCUCUCAGGUUUGUCUCUAAUCUCUGUGAUAAAGGAAUCGACUGUGACUCAGUGUAUUGGAAACUUUUUGAUACAAAAAGUCAAAGCAGCUUUCUGCAGCAGCCAAUCAGAGCAGGUUGACAUUCAGGCUGGCUCACAGCUGGUGAAGCUUUCAUACCUGGAAACAAACACACGUUACAACACUGACAUUUUGGUGGAUUUUGUUGAAGUUGGUGACUUGACAGUUUUAUCCACUUUCAUUUCUUUAUGUCAGUCAAAUCCUUUUAAAUCCUUUAAGUCUCAUUUUCUGUCUGACAUUUCUUCUGUAAAAAGAGGAUGAAGUCAUUUUAAGGCUGAAGUCUUUUAAAGAUUUUUAUUGUUUUUUAAUUAACUGCGGCCAUGGCGAUGAAGCGUCUGAGCAGUUUGAUGCUGAGGAAGUGGAAGGAGAAGGAGAGAUGGACGGGGAGAAGGAGAAGCGAACCGUUUGGAGGAGGCGAUGAGGAAGAGGAGGAAGAUGAAGAGGAGGUGAGGCAGACAGAGAGCAGAGACAGACACACACACCAACGGAUGCUGAGGAGGAAGUCUGAUCCGUGUGGACGGACCGAGGACGAGGAAAAGACGGAGGAGAAGAAGAGCGAGAGCGACAGAAAGAAAGACCGCCGGGGGUCUGAAUCGAACAUGGGCGAGGAAGACAGGAGAGACAGGAAGAGGGCGGAGUCAGGCAGAGUGAAAGAGAGGAGAAAGUCCACCUCGUGGGUCAUGGUGGAGGACAGAGAUGGAGGACAGAAGGACAGGAGGCAGAAGGAGGCGGACAGACGGACGCUGCGGCGGCGGUCGGAGCCCUACGGGAUCCUGUACGUCCAAAUGCUUCCUUUGUCAAACAGGAAGAGGAGGGAGCUGAUGCAGAGACGGACAGGACACAGGACAUCCUGCACCGAGGAGGGGGACGGACAGACGGACACGAGGGAGGGAGACGAGGUCAGAGAGAUGAGUAGGGGGAGGUCAGAGCCCAUCGGCCCGCUGGAUGACACCCACAGCAUCUCCUCUCCCCCUUCCCUCCCUCCUCUCCCCUCCCUCCUCCAUGAGGAGGAGGUGAGUGUUUUCCGUUUGGAGACCUACCUGACGGAGCCGAGGCGCCCGGAGACCAGGAGGAUGCGCUCCUUCUCCUCACCUCCUGAUACAGGACAACGCUCCUCCUCCUCUUCCUCCUCCUCCUGCUGCUUCCAGCCGCCUCCUCUGGCCCCGCCUCUUCCUGUCAGGAGGCUGUUGGAGGUUGCAGACAGGAUGUCGGAGCAAAUGGACCCCGAUGAUGCAGCCUCAGAGGAGUCGGAGAGAGAUAUCUACAUGCGCUUCAUGAAGUGUCACAAAUGUUAUGACAUCAUCCCAACCAGCUCUAAACUAGUGGUGUUUGAUACCACACUACAGGUGAAGAAAGCAUUCUUCGCUCUGGUGGCGAACGGCGUGAGAGCUGCUCCUCUGUGGGAGAGCAAGAAACAGAGCUUUGUAGGAAUGUUAACCAUCACAGACUUCAUCAACAUCUUGACCAGAUACUAUAAAUCCCCAAUGGUUCAGAUCUAUGAGCUGGAGGAACAUAAGAUCGAGACAUGGAGAGAGCUGUACCUGCAGGAGACCUUCAAACCUCUGGUGCACAUCUCACCUGAUGCCAGUAUCUUUGAAGCCGUGCACUCGCUGAUAAAGAAUAAGAUCCAUCGUCUUCCUGUGAUCAAUCCGGUCAGCGGGAACGCUCUCUACAUCCUGACUCACAAGAGGAUCCUCAAGUUCCUGCAGCUGUUUGUGUGUGAGAUGCCCAUGCCGGCCUUCAUGAAGCAGACUCUGGAGGAGCUCGCUGUGGGAACGUACGCUAACAUUGCCUACAUCCACCCCGACACGCCGCUCAUCACCGCCUUGUCCGUCUUCACUCAUCGCCGCGUCUCGGCCCUGCCCGUCGUCGACCACAAAGGUAAAGUGGUGGACAUCUACUCCAAGUUCGACGUCAUUAACCUGGCUGCAGAGAAGACGUACAACAACCUGGACGUGACGGUCACUCAGGCGCUCAGACACCGCUCCCAGUACUUUGAAGGAGUCAUGAAGUGCAACAAACUGGAAACACUGGAAACCAUUGUGGACCGCAUCGUGAAGGCUGAGGUUCACAGGCUGGUUGUGGUCGAUGAGGAGUCUCGUAUCGUUGGUAUCGUCUCUCUCUCUGACAUCCUGCAGGCGCUCGUCCUCACCCCCGCAGGUCUGGGGAGGAAGGAGUCUCUCCCCUCUCAGCCAUCCCCUUUGGUCCUAACAGAACCAGAGACAGCUUUUAAACCUGGACUGGACCAGGAGGAGCAGCAGGAGGAGCAGCAGGACCAACUGGAGCCGGGUGAAGAAACAGAGACAGACGCUGUGAUUGGCUGCCAGCAGGGGGAGACAGAGAGCGUGACAGAAAGAGAGGGAGACACACCUGAGACGCAGAGCGAGACAGACCGAGAGGCAACAGAGGGGGAGACGGCUGAGACAGAGGGAGGAGAGAGGGGGGAGGACACAGAGGAAGGAGGAACCGUUAGAGAGGAAGAGGAGACGGCAAGAGAAGGAGAGAAAGAGGGGGAGGAAGAGGAGAGAGUGAGAGAGGAAGAGGAAAUAAGAGAGGAAGAGGAGAGAGUGAGAGAGGAAGGAGACACAUUAGGGGAUGAAGAAGAGGCCUUAAGAGAAGAAGGUGAGAAAGAGGAGGAGGAGGAGGAGGAGACUGCUGAAGGAGGAGAUGAGGAGAAGGAGGAAGUGACGGAUGAGGGAGCAGAGGAGGCGACAGGGGAAGGAGGGGAGGAGCAGGGAGCACAGGAGGAGGGUGAGGCGGCGUGACAUCAUCAUCCUGCGUCUCUAUAGACUUUGUCGUUUCAUGUGGCGCUGCAGUCUCGCCGCUCACCACAGAAGAAGAGAAGGGACUAAAGGGGCGUGGUCAAUGAGAGCACUGACAGAACUCUGACAUGUGAUUGGUCUGGAGGAUCUGAGAGUCUGUGGUUUGGAGCAGGAGGAGUCACUGCAGGGCUGUGAUUGGACAGCUGCUCCGGAGGUAGGAGGGUCAGUUUGGUGAUUGACAGGUGAUUGAGCCAAUCGGGUAUCUUUGAAGAUCUUAAUUAUUUUGACUUUAAUCACAGAAAAAUAAAAAAAAUUCACAUUUUGUUGGAGGAGGAACAGGAAGUGAGCGAAGUAACGAGCUCGCUGUAGAAAUGAAAACAUCUGCUGUUACCAGCUGUUACCACCAGGGGGCUGUACCACAAAGUGAGCAAAUUUAUUUGAACACAUUCCUCCAGCUGAAGAUCGGUAAGGCCCACCGACAUCAUUCCCGACACUGACCAUAACCUGCUUCCUGCGGUAUGAGUUUAGAGUUGGUUACCAUGGUGAUCAGUCCAGGUUAAAGAAACCUGACUAGGCUCAACAGAGCAGGAUUGACCUCUGACCUCGCUUUGUGGUACAUCCCUCAGGUGUCUCUAAAUCCAAGCUGGUGAAAAGGAAAAAUAUCCAACAGUGACCAUGACCCCUGAUGCGAUGUCAUCAAGGGGGCGGGGCCAACCACAUCGUCUUAGCUCAUGUUUCUGAUUGGUGGAGAGUUUUUAGUCAAUAAAUAAAUGGUUUUUUGGAUUAGUGCUGAAUCUGAAACACAGUUGAUGUUCUGUAACCGACCUGUACUGAGAGACGUUAUUGUUAAACAUAUUUAUAGUUUCUAGAUGUGUUAAGAGACAUACUCACACACAGUCUGUAGGGGGUGCUCACACUCCACAUUUUGCCGUAGGGUUGUUACCACGUCGAUAGAAACUGACAUCUGUAGUAACUACGACCAUCACAGAUGGAAGUCACCAGUUAGCACGGUCACUUUUUAAACCGUGACACCGGCUGGUGUUGCUUCAUCUCUGCGGCAGCGGCGGCGGCCUCUUGCUCCUCUGCACACUGUGAUUCCUCCGCUCUGUGUUCUGGAGAAGUCUGACUCAUUGUAUUUUUUCACAGGAUGUAGAAAUAUUAUUAUGUUGUUCAAAUGUUGUUCAGCUGACCUGUGACCUGUAAAUCAGCUGUUUCUGUCAGGUGAUGAUAUCACUCCACCUGUUUUAAUAAAUGUUAAAUUUCUGUC